AUGCCAACUGGUUUCUGGGAGGCACGAGUUCAUAUCCCGAAAAUACCUUAAUAUUUUUCAGUCUCCUUUUCUUCAAAUUGUUUUAGUCAAAGCCCACCUGCGUGGAUCAUUUUUUUGUUUCAUCCGCAGGUCAAAAUACCAUUUUUUUUUCAUUAAAUUGUGAAAACAACCUCUGGCGCUAAAUUGUUACCUAACCGCAGCGUAUGUCAUCCACAACAAAAACAACUGAAUGAAACGUUCACGAAAAUACAGCGAAAUGAGAUAUUCGAAGGUAAAAAAAAUCUAAGGAUUAUUUUGGCUUUCAAGCCAUCUUGUGUUAACUUGAUAUGGAGAUUCUAUUGUCAGUAUCAACUUUACAUAAUCAGCCAGUGACGUGGUGGAUUAACAUAAUGCGUGCGGUAAAGCCACAUUGUUCGUCUGCCAUUUCUAUUUUAAGACCCGUAUUAAAUUAAAGCGUGUCUCUUCGAACAACGGGGCUAACUUAGGUCUUUGACUUAGCGCCAAUAUCAGCAGAGGUCACCUCGAUAUAGGCACCGUAAGUGAGUGAUGUGUGUCACACGUUGAUUUUAGCACGAUCUUCAUUCAGAGCCAAGCACAAGCUGUAAUUUUAAUUUCAUUCAAAUCAGUGACUUAAAUCUGUGUGAAUUUGGUUCAGUCGAGGCAGUGUUGUUCCUUCGCAGCGAUGACUUACGCCGGCGACACACGCAGCGCUGAUAGUCUAGAUGUAGUCCUCGUCGCUAACAAACGAAAGCCUAACUUCACGGAAGGAGAAAGCUUGUUCUUAAUCUCUCAGUUUGAGCGAAACUCGGAAAUACUCACCUCGAAGUUGAACGAUGCGACUACCAACAAACAAAAGGUCGAGGUGUGGAAGCGCAUUUGCAGAGAUUAUAACAGCAAGAAUCCGAUCGUCCUACGUACUGCUAACGAUUUAAAGAGAAAAUGGAAAAACAUGGUUCGCGCAGCAAAGAAAGAACUCCUGGAAUCUACCGCAGAUUCAGAAAGUGGCGAACAGGUAACGCCAAGGAAAUUGUCACUAGUGAGUGAAAAGAUUAUAGAGAUAUUACACAUAACGGCCUCUAAUUGUAGAAUCGGGGAGGGAGCAGGGAUGAGUAUCGAUCGCAGUUUGGCCACAACCGAUCAGUUAGAGCAAGCUUUAUUGGAGGACGGAGAACAAGAGGAGGGGGAGGUUGCCGAGCAAAAUGGAAAGCAACGAAUCAUGCAUGUCGUGGCACAAACCGGAGAAAUAGUUUCCCCAACCUCAAACAAUGAGCAGACCGUAGAAAACACCCACCAGGAAAAUACCAACGGAGAAACAGCCUGUUUCUCGAAAGAUCAGGAGAAGACCCCAUGUCAGGUUUUUCCAAACAGUAGCGGAAUUCAUGGUUGUGCUCCCGUUCCCAUGAACAUCGUCUCCUCUUUUCAGGAAGUCGGGAAGUUUCCGAGUCAACAUACUGUGAUCGCAGCGAACGCUUCUAUAAGCGGAGGAGGUAGACAUCGCAUUCUUAUCCCGCAACAGAAACGUAUGCUUUCCUCUCCGCUGGCGCACGUGAUCAAAAGGAAAAGAAAUUCCGAAUAUGGGAAUGAGUCACCCGGCUCGCACGUGAGAGAUGAAAUAGAAAAACUCAAGAAGGAAAAACUCUUACUAGAGAAGGAAAAGCUGGCUUUGGAAAAGGAUAAAUUGAUGAUGGAGAAAGAAAAACUUGCUCUUGAAAUCCAGUUCCUACGCGAUCAAAUAGAUACAUAG